AUGACUGUCUUUGUUUCCUUCCUUCUAUCUGAAUCUGUUCACUUCAGCAUUCUUCAGGUGCACGUCAUUGCUGUGUUAAUGAUGGCAGCUAUAGUAGUCCCUUCUCUUUGGAAAUGGCCUCAUUGGAGAAGGAUACACUGUACAGAUGGGUUUGCUGCCAUGAAACCAUCCAGGAUUCCUCUGACCAGUGACAAACCAAAGGAAUUGGCAGCACGGUCCAAGAGCAUGGUGCUUGGUGAGUUGUCCCGGGUCUCCAGGCCCUGCUCUCCUCUGGAUCAGGAGAAAGCACUGAAGGCAGGCUGGCUUAAGAGACAGCGGAGUAUCAUGAAAAACUGGCAGCUGCGUUGGUUUGUCCUGAGGACUGAAGCUCUGUAUUUCUACAAGGACCAGGAUGAAACCAAGGCACAGGGUUGUAUUCCUCUUCAGGGCAGUCAGGUCAAUGAGCUGCCUGCCAAUCAGGAUGAGCCUGGCCGCCACCCCUUUGAAAUUAUUCCAGGUGAGUUGGCAUGGUGACAUGGUGUUGCGUAAGGAAGUGACAAAGUAAGUAAGUAAGUCUUGUUCAAGUGAUGCUGAACCAUCUGUUCAUCACUAUCUCAGCCAAACAGAGAAAACACUGGGCUCACUUUAGAUUUUUUAUUUAAAAUGUUAUGUUUCAUUAUGAUCAAGCACAUCUAAUAUCAUUUCCCACCAAUAGUAAAAAUGUUUUUUGCAAAAAAAGACAUCAAGAUCAAAGCUGGAUUCAGGCUAAGAGUGCAAAACCUAGCAAUACCUGCCACCCAUGAGUUUUUGGUGUUCAGAAGGUUAUGAAACCCCAAAGUGGCAACAACCGCUAGAACAUUAACCCAAUACCAGGUUUGCUGUAUUUGUCUGUGCUUCUUCAAACCAUACUAUACAUCCAACAGGUCAUAUCCUCUGUAUAAACCUUGUUGACCCAGACUCAAUGUAAUAAAUGGAAAAAAACUGAAGUGAAUC